AUGGUGAGCUUGCAAGCUGAGAGCAUCGUGAACACCGUGGCUUUCCCUAUGGUUCUUAAAGCCGCCUUAGAGCUUGGCGUCAUCGACACCAUCGCUGCUGCAUGCAACGGCACAUGGCUCUCACCGUCUGAGAUAGCACUUAGUCUCCCAACGAAACCCACCAACCCAGAAGCGCCGGUUUUGCUAGAUCGGAUGCUGCGAUUACUCGUCAGCCACUCGAUCUUGAAGUGCCGUGUGAUUGAAACCGGAGAGAACGAUCCAACGCCAGAUAUCGAGAGGGUUUAUGCAGCCGAACCGGUUUGCAAGUAUUUCUUGAAAGAUUGUGACGGUUCUGGUUCUCUCGCGUCUUUGUUCUUGUUGUUCCAUGGCCAAGUCCUUUUCAAGACUUGGACAAAUCUCAAGGAUGUGAUACUAGAAGGAAAAGAUGCAUUCAGUUCUGCUCACGGCAUGAGAAUUUUCGAAUACAUUGGUUCAGAUGAAAAAUUUGCUAAGUUGUUUAACCCGGCAAUGUCGGAAUCUUCCACAAUGAUCAUGAAAAAGGUUCUUGAAUUUUACAGAGGAUUUGAAGAUGUUAACACUUUGGUUGAUGUAGGAGGAGGAGAUGGAGUCGAACAUGUCUCCGGAGACAUGUUUAUAGAAGUUCCAAAGGGAGACACCAUUUUCAUGAAAUGGAUACUGCAUGAUUGGACGGACGAACACUGUAUAAAGAUUCUAAAGAAUUGUUGGAAGAGUCUGCCGGAAAAAGGAAAAGUGAUAAUCGUUGAGAUGAUUACACCGAUAGUACCAAAGCCUGGUGACUUUCACUCUAACACGGUAUCCGCGAUGGACUUGUUGAUGUUAACCCAAUGCUCGGGUGGUAAAGAGAGAUCUCUUUUGCAGUUUGAAAAAUUAGCAUUUGACUCAGCUAAGCGUAAAUGUGAUAAAGUGUGA